GAUUUCUAACGGCGGCCCAAGCCCCCCUGUAUCGCGGAGCUGAAACUGGUGCAAUGUGCAAUUCGUAGUUCUUACCGCGACGAGGGUUUAUGGUUUUAGCAGUCGAGAAGCGGUCCUCCUGCCCUGACGCCUCCUCCUCCCUUGUCCGUCCAAGGUGCUCGAAGCAGCCCUGGUUUGAUCGAUCAAUGUCCGGAAAGAGGGUUACACUCCUUACGCUCAACUCGGUUUCAGCUGUAACGAAGGUAUGUUAUUCACGCAAUUCCUUGGAUUCGAUCAAAAUCGUAACUUUUGUAAAGAACCUUAGCACUGCCACUGAAAGAUCAGAUUUUCAAAACCCUAGUGGAGAAAAUUAUUCUGAAUAUCAGCAAGGACCCAAUGGGUUUUACAGUGAGAACCAAAAUCCUGUAGAGUUUCAGCAUAAAUCAAACGAGCAUAGUCGGCAUACGCCUUAUGGAGGAAACCCGGAUGGAUUGUACAGGAGAAGUUCAGUGGACGUUCAGCAGAGAUUAAAUACUAAUGCCGUUCACAGGGAAAACGCCAGGAACGAAUUUCAGAAUAAUCCACUUGGGCAAAAUGUAAAUCUUGAGGGGUAUCCUCCCUUGAAUUCUGGGGAGGUGCGGCAAAACUGGGAUGGAUUUCACGCUGAGCGGGCAGGAGGUUUUGAGCAAUGUACUAAUGGUUCAGGACUUGAGUUCCGACAGAAUCAAGGUAGGGAAAAUGGGAACAUCAACGGGUGCUAUCAGCAAAAUUAUGGAGAGUUGCAGCGAGGCCCAACUGGGGUUUAUGCAGCAAGUUCAAGGGGUUUCAGGCAAAUUCCAAAUGGUUCUUAUCAGCAUCACGAACAGUUGAAUUGUAAUCCAAAUAGCACAGAGGGUUCGUGUGGUUUUGAGCAAAGUCCAAAUCAAUUUUAUCAGAAUUCAAGAAAUGAAUUUCAGAAUAACCUAGUCGGGCACAACCAAAAUCAAAAUUUUAAUGGCCACUAUGGGCAACAUUCCCGGGAGUUGCAGCUAGACCAACCUGGGGUUUUAUCAAAGAAUUUUGAGCAAAGCCCCAAUGGGUUUUAUCAGAACACUGGAAGUGAAUUUCAGUGGAAUACGGUUGGGCAAAAUGGGAGAUCUAAUGGUUCUUAUGGUUUGAGGGAGCUACAACAGAACCCAAAUGUGGAGAGAACAAGGGGGUUAGAUCAAAGUGGAUAUCAAAGACAAAAUGCUGGAGGAUAUCAGGGUAAUCCAGAUGGGUAUAUAGGCCAGCACGUUGGAGAACCUAAGCAAAUCUCUGCUGAGGGUUACACCGAAAAUGUUGGAUUAUAUCCACACUCUGCGAAUGUAAGUCUAACUAACAAUGCUGGACAGUUUCAUCAGAACCCAAAUGGAUCUCACAAUACAUUUGACGGUUCCCAAGUACCUAUAAACACUAAACAUAAUGAAGAAUCCGUUGAAGCUGCUGAAAGUGGCGGUACACUUGAGGAGCUGGAUGGGUUGUGUAAGGAAGGUAAAGUGAAGGAAGCUGUGGAAGUAUUGCAACGAUUAGAGAAGAAGUGUACUCCUGUGGAUUUGCCUCGGUAUUUGCAGUUAAUGCAAGCCUGUGGGGAGGCUAAAGCUUUAGAAGAAGGAAAAACUGUUCUCGAGCACCUUUUCAGAUUGAUGUCCCCCCUCAAUCUUAGCACCUAUAACAAAAUCCUUGAAAUGUACUCAAAAUGCGGUUCCAUGGAUGAUGCAUAUACAAUGUUCAGGAAAAUGCCACAGCGCAACCUGACAUCUUGGGAUACCAUGAUAACAUGGUUUGCUAAAAAUGGUCUAGGAGAGGAAGCCAUUGAUCUGUUCACUCAAUUCAAGGAAGCUGGUCUGAAACCUGACGGACAAAUGUUUAUCGGGGUCUUGUCUGCUUGCAGUGUCUUGGGUGACAUUAGUGAGGGAAUGCUGCACUUUGAUUCAAUGAGCAAGGCAUAUGGCAUUGUCCCGUCCAUGGAGCAUUAUGUGAGUGUAGUGGACAUGCUGGGAAGUACAGGGUACUUGGAUGAGGCUUUGGAGUUCAUAGAAAAGAUGCCAGUGGAGCCAAGUACAGAUGUGUGGGAAACUUUAAUGAAUCUCUGUAGAGUUCACGGGAACACAGAGCUUGGGGACCGAUGUGUUGAGCUAAUUGAGCUUCAAGACCCUUCCCGCAUGAAUGAACAAACAAAAGCAGGCCUUGUCCCAGUGAAAGCUUCAGACCUUGCAAAAGAGAACGAGAGGAAGAAAUUGGCAGCUCAAAACCUUCUGGAGGUUAGGAGUAGAGUUCAUGAAUAUAGGGCUGGAGAUAGAUCUCACCCUGAAAAUGACAAGAUUUAUGCAUUGCUGAGGGGCUUAAGAGAACAAAUGAAAGAGGCUGGUUAUGUUCCAGAGACUAGAUUUGUGCUGCAUGACAUAGACCAGGAAAGUAAGGAGGAAGCUCUUCUCGCUCACAGUGAGAGACUUGCUGUUUCUUUUGGCCUAAUCACCAGCCCAGUUCGUGCACCAAUGCGAAUAAUCAAGAAUCUACGUGUUUGCGGUGAUUGCCACAAUGCACUAAAGAUCAUUUCAAAGAUCGUUGGCAGGGAACUCAUCAUACGAGAUGCUAAGAGGUUCCAUCAUUUCAAAGAUGGACUCUGUUCUUGCCGGGAUUACUGGUGAAUGCAAUGAAAUUCAAGGUGAUGGUGCUUCUGAAUGGAUAGUUCCUUGUGCUUAGCAGCAAUGAAGGUAUAGUAAACAGGUCUAACACAACUUGAGUGAAAUUUUUUUUAAGCGAGAAUGAGUAAGAAGCUGUAAGAAGCUUCUAUAUCCCUGUCUAUUGUUACCUGAGAUAAUCUUGGGAUGCAAAACUUCUCUUUGCUGGGAUUGCUUCAUAAUGGGAUGUAAAAAAACUUCCAUAUUCUUCUAUGGUUAAUAUUUUAUUAGCCCUUUCUGUUUUCCAGGUGGUAAGUUGGAUUAAGCCUGCAAUCUUAGGGUAGAUUAACCGACAAGCUAUCUCUAUUGUGGAGUUAAUGAAGAGAGGAUUAUCAAGCAUCUGCGAUGGAAUCUAAAGGAAGAGAUGGCGUAAGAUGCUUGCAUCAGUUUGAUUGCAUUAAGUUCUGGGGUUGGAAAUGGAUUUUUAAUUAAUACUUUCAAGCUCUUCCAAGCAUGCAAGGAUGAUGAGGUGAAUGCUAAAGUGCUAACAAAUUUAGCAUUGCUCAACAACUAAUGCUGAGCAUUAGGAUUGGGAUUAGUCCCACACUCUGAAAUAGUUGAUUCUACUGUUGUGCAUAAACAUUAUAAAGUCGAACAAAUAUCCGUUUUUCUUUAAUUUAAUAUAUGAGAAUCAAAACCCAAUUCUGAAGGUA